AUAAAUUCGCUACAUACAUUAAAUUUACGAUUAAGUAUGAAACAUGAACAAGUGGUCCCAGAUUACUGGGUAAUGUUAAAGAGUUCAGCUACGUGUCUAUUGCUUGUGUUUUCUGGAUAUGUUUUGAUAAGAAUGGUUCAAGCUAUAUUCUGGCUUCCUGGAUAUUUAGAACAAAAUCAAAAAAAACUUGAAGAAUUUGUAACGAAAUAUUCAGAAGAAGCUAAUAUACAUGUGAAUGAUGCUGACAAAUCAGAUGGUAAAGUUGGAAGUAAAGACGAAAUAUCUGACGAAGCGAAAAAAGAAAAAUAG